CAUGUAGGAUGACGUCAUAGAUUCCAACCAGUGAACAGAUGUUGAAUCAAUUUACCAACUUAACCUUACGCUACUGACAGGGUCUGCGUAACCGGGAGAGGGGUCUUCAUCGCCCUCCCCUUUUUUAUACCGUGUACAAAACGUAAAAAUGACUAUCUAAUUGUGAUUUUAUGCAUGGUCACCCGACCCCACUUUUAAAGCCAUUCCGCCGCCCAUGACUGAUAAGGCCUUUGAUUAAUACUCUUUGAGAUAAAGUGUUGUUACUUUAGUGGUGUUAAGUUGCUAGGCUUAGUUAAACAUUAAUUAUCUCUUGGUCCAAAUACAGACUUUUAAACAUGUUCUGUAUACCUUGCGUGGUUCUUAUUUGUUAAUAAGAUGAAGAUCGAGUACUCGCCGCGCGUCAGUUGCUGAGUAGAGGCGGAUAGGCCUAGUAUAUACUGAAUUAGUAUACUGAAUUUUUGUUCAGCGUCAAAACACACGGUGGAGAAUAAUGCUGUAUCGUCAACAUUGCCUUCCAUGAAAAUUCUGCUUUUUUUUUUAAAAGGCGUAGUCAUCUCCUUGUUUAGUAUUCUUCCUCAUAUAGGUAUAUCUGCCAUGUCGAUGUGGAGAUAGUGUGCAGAAGACGAAAAUGUCUGAGAUGUGCCGAGAGCUGACGAAUUGGGAUUAACAUUGAUAUACCAAGUGGCCUCCAAUAUCAGGAUGAAGUGUGGUGUCAUGGGUAUGCAUGACCAUGGCGGCAUACAGAAUAUGCACAUCCAAGAACACAUUUAUACUGCUCGUUGCCUUGACAACCUUUAUGAUGUCAUUCACUAUCUUACAACUUAACCACGGAAUAGCAAGCUCGAAUGUUUUACGGUCUAAUACGACGUGGCACCUUCCUGCGCCCAAGCCCGUGCCAAUCCACAAAAGCUGUGGGAGGGAAAGUAAUGCAUCCAUUGGAACAAGCGGAAUUCAAAGGGGUUUUCCUACAUCAUGUUGCGCGGUUCAGAAUAUCGCUUACAUAAAGACAUUGAAAACGGGCUCGACGACCGUAAUGUCAAUAAUCAAUAGAUAUGGAUUCUUUCAUAAUUCGUCUUUCAUUUUGAAUCGACAGUCGUCAACAAAUGGCCAUUUCUACCACCUCCCGUUCACGGAGAAAACGGCGGAAACACAUUUCUUGCCCCCUAUCCACGUGGCUGAGAAUGAUUAUCCAAAUUAUAAAAACUACAAUAUGAUGGCGGUCCAUGUUCGUUAUCAGCGGCAUGUAAUGGAGAGGUUCUUUGCACAAGGUACAAAAUACAUGACAAUUAUUCGUGAUCCUGGUGUGCAGUGGGAAAGUGCUUUUAAUCAUUUCCAAUUCCAUGAUGCAAUUCUAGUUAACAUAACCGUCAAGUCAAAUUCAAGUGCAAUGAACAAUGAAACGAGUACCUUGGGUAACUCCACGUUUCUUAGCGGAAAUCCCCAAUUCAAAGGGUGUCGAGAAGAGCUUAUGGAGACAUCGCAAAAAGGCUCGUCCGUAAACCAGACCAAUUGUACGAUUUUUGAGCUUAUAGAAGAGUUUAUGUCGCGACCGAAAUUCUACCAGGAUCGUUUGCGUUUCUUGCCUUGGGAACAUGAAAUUGGAAAGAGAUGGGCAUACUCAAGGAACAACCAGAUUUACGAUCUUGGUUUGGACACUCAAUACCACGAAAAUACGACCGCAGUGAAAGAAUGGAUACAAAAACUUCAGGACGAGUUAAGCCUGGUCCUUAUCAAUGAAUACUUUGACGAAUCGCUUUUGAUCAUGCGCAAGCUCUUCUGUUGGAGCUUCCAAGACAUUGCUUACAUCGCCAAGAAUAUCCGGAUCAAGGAUACGCGUCCAAGCAUGAAAGAUUCUCUAAGAGAUAGAAUACGCGAGUGGAACGCCGCGGAUAUGCUCCUGUAUCAAUCCUUUAACCGCACGCUUUGGUACCGUAUUGACAACUACGGACCAGGCUUUGAAACCGAUCUUACUUACUUCAGGAAUCUUCUGGAAUCGUUAUUGCAGAACUGCACACGGGAAACAGAAGCGAAAAAGUGGGACAAGGAUCAUCUCUUUGGCCACCAGGAGCGCGUGCCGCGCAAGAAUGCUUCGUUGUUCUGCCGAACGCUUGCUGAAUCUAAACGUGAAUUACAUAAUAGAGUUUAUUGUAGGCAAGACGUCAAUAGAAGUACGGCAGCGUGUCAAAUACGCAAGAAGCAAGUGAAAGUUGGCAAAGCCAAAGCAAAUCGCACGAAUCUAUCAACGAAGAAGGGUAGAAGGAGGAUUUCCGUCAUUUCCAAGAAAAAAUUCAAACAAGUCACUGAAAAGAGACAAUAAAAUCAUGUAGUAGGUCCAUGAUAAAAUGAACCAUCGUGGUGAUACUUUGGAUCCUUUGGAAAAUUUGCCACACCUGAUCUUUCGGUUUUAUGCUACCUGUGUUCACAUUUCGUAUGACAAGGAACAACUUUCAUCUGGGUGUCCAAUGUCUUGUGGUCACCUUGACAGUAUGAGGGCGCUUUACCCAAGAUGGCUUCCGAUUUUCAUCAAUGUAUAAUGCUUAAUUACAGCAUUCCGCCAUUUAAUCACAUUAAAAGAUCGGGGUCAUUAGGCUUCAAAGGAAAUAUAAAUCAACAAAUCAGGAAUAUCAACUAUUUUAUCAAAGGUACAAUUUAUCAAGAUGGCGUCAGCAUAACUGCCAGCUCUACCACUCUUAAUUAGCGGUAGUCUAUACUGCUUUUCAAGCAUUUUCACCACCUACCGCAUAUUCACUCUCCUUACAAUAUAAUCUGCUUUUUCAGAUAAUGUAUUUUUACAAAUUUUUAGUCAGAAUACAUGAUUCAUUGACUAAAGGUUUUCCAAACUACGCAAUGGGGGUGUGGUGAGAGGUGCUCGGCAGCUAAUUAUAGUCUAUACAAUGUUAGUAUAUACAAUAAUAUAGAAAGAAGUUUAGAGCAAGCUGAAACUUUUCACUUGUAAAGGC